ACAGGAAAGAAAAGAGGCGGUUCUCUUACUGCUCCUUCAAAGCUUGCCGGUGUCGAUCUUCCGGUCAGUCGAUUUGACCGAGAGGUGCAGCGGCAGCGUUGAACGUUAAUUUCCCCGCGAAAUGAGAUGCAGGAUGGGUCCAGGGUCAUGGGUCCAUGGUAUUCAGCCCCUCCACCUACCAGAGAAGACAAGGGAAGAGCUGCUAGCCCUCCUUAGCUACUUACUCCUUUCCCCGCACAUCCCUCAGAAGAUCAAUAAGACCACUGCCUUUUUCUUCAUCUCCUGGCGCCAUAGAUCUCUCCACUUGUCUAACGUGUCAUCUUGCUGCAUACCUCGACGCUGCUAGAUCUUCACGACUCAAAAUUUUCGUGGGGAGUUGGCUUGAGUAGAAUACAGAGGGAGGAAGAGGGAGAUGGGGACGGAGAUUGAGGCGAGUCUUCUACCUCCUCAGGAGCGGGAAUCCAUCAAGAUGGUCCUGCUAGGCACCUUUGUCGCAGUUUGCGGUGCAUUCGAAUAUGGAAUCUCUGUAGGCUACUCCUCGCCCACUGAGGAUGCCAUCAUCAGCGAUCUUGGUCUCAGUUUGUCACAGUAUUCGGUUUUCGGUUCCAUAUUGACGAUUGGUGGCAUGGUCGGCGCCAUAAGCAGUGGAAGAAUAGCCGAUCUCCUCGGCCGGAAAGGGGCCAUGGCAACAUCCGCUGCCAUCUGCAUCGUCGGGUGGAUCGCAAUUGCAUUCUCCAAGGCAGCAUGGGUGCUGGACCUUGGACGCUUGGCGGGGGGAUUCGGAGUUGGCGUUUUCUCCUAUGUGGUGCCGGUAUACGUGGCCGAAAUAGCUCCCAAGGACCUGAGAGGAGGACUGACGACUGCUAAUCAGUUAAUGGUAGCACUUGGCUCAUCGAUUGCUUAUCUUGUGGGGCAAUUCGUGACUUGGCGUGUGUUGGCGUUAGUUGGAAUAGUGCCAUGCAUCGUUCAAGUUAUUGGCCUCUUUUUCAUUCCAGAGUCUCCAAGAUGGCUGGCAAAAGUUGGCCGCCAAGCAGAUUUUGAAAGUGCACUACGGAAGCUACGGGGAAAGGAUGCUAAUAUUUCUCAGGAAGAAUCAGAAAUCAAGGAUUACACAGAGUUGCAAUCACUACUUCCAAAAACAAGAAUUCAAGAUUUGUUUCAGAAGAAAUAUGCACACUCUGUGAUUGUAGGAGUUGGAUUAAUGGUGUUCCAACAAUUCGGGGGUGCCAAUGCAAUCGUGUUUUAUGCUAGUAAUAUCUUCGUCUCGGCAGGCUUCUCUUCUGGCAAGGUUGGAAGCAUUGCAGUGGCUAUCAUUCAGGUUCCCAUAACCUUACUCGGGGCAAUUUUAUUGGACAAAUCAGGAAGAAAGCCACUCCUCAUGGUUGCAGCUGCGGGCACUUGCUUGGGCUGCCUCCUAGCCGGAACGUCCUUUCUCUUCAAGGCUCAACACUGGGCAACAAAGGCCGUCCCAGCCCUAAAUUUGACCGGCAUACUGGUGUUUACUGCUUUCUACUCACUAGGCAUGGGUGCCAUUCCCUGGGUUAUGAUGUCUGAGAUAUUUCCCAUCAACAUAAAGGGAAUAGCAGGGAGCCUGGUGACAUUGGUGAACUGGUUUGGUUCCUGGGCUGUUACCUACAGUUACAACUACUUGGAGAGUUGGAGUGCAGCGGGCACAUUCUACAUAUACUCAGCAGUUAGUGCAGUAGCCAUAGUUUUCGUGCUGAAGUUGGUCCCAGAAACUAGAGCUAGAACCCUCGAAGAAAUUCAAUCCUCCAUGGCAUCACUCGGCAUCUUCAGCUGAGGAGAAGGAGAUGGUGAAGAAAGAGAAAGACCACCCACAUGCACAUGUCUUUUGAAUAUUGAAAAAGAUGUACAUGAUGUGAUUACCAUGUAUUUGAAACAUGUUGGUUCCCUAUCAAUUGGUAAUGCCCCAGAUCCAUAUUCAAUAAAACACUACCUUGGAGUUAAACAAA